CAUCACGCUUCCCUAAAGCUGGCUCAUCUCUUCUCAUUCAUCCAUCAAGCUUUCUUCACCUAGUUGCCGUUUUGCCAAACAGCCCCGUUUUGUCUCUCCGAUCACCAAAAUUCCAUACAAAGAAAGAAAUUGAUGGUUUGGAAUUCGAAAUUAGGGUAUUGUGAAGAAGGAGGACAUGGAUUUGUAUACGAAGCUCAAGGGUGGUACUGCAUGGCGGAAGCAGAUGCGUAAGCUUGCUGUUUCACUUGGCCUCUCUAAUAAAAUGCCUGUGUUCGGUGUGCGAUUUGACGGUCUGAUAAUGGAAAUCAGCAAGCAUUCGGGAAUGGAGGACGGGGAUUUUGUGGUGGAGACUUGCAUUACACAUACUCUACUCCCGGCAUUAACGCUUGAGAAGGGAUUAGAGAGUAUCAAAGAUGCUGUGGGGAAGUUGAAGCUGAAUCUUCCUUCUACCUCCAAUGGGUUCUUUCGGUCUCAGGUACUGGAAAAUUCCGUAUGUGAUUUUCAUUUCACAUACUAUGUCGUUUCACUUUGCUGUUUUGAUACUAUGUCGUUUUGUUUGGUUUUCAUUUCAUAUGUGAUUCUGUGAGGAUUUCUAAAGGUCGCUGUGCCUUCCAGUACGAAAGCUUUGGAUUAGUUUGCCUGUCAGUCAGAGUCUUGCGAGGUUUUCCCUCUGUUUUUAUGUCAAAGGAAACAGAAAAUCGUGAUUGUAUGUGAAUGAAACCGUUGGAAUUUUUGGAAUUGGGUCUGCUGUUCACUUUACACAGAGUUCUUCUUCUAUCUCAAGAGAGAAG